GACCCGUUUUUUUUUUUAUUCCCGGGCGGCUUGGGGCCGGGGAGGUGGGGGAGAGGGCGAGGGGAGUGGCCGCGGCCUCCCCUCGCCCCUGGGUUGCGGCCUAGCCGGGCUAGUCCGAGCGGGGUCCCCGAGCCCCGCCGCGACGACCGCUCCCCCACCCCCCGGCCGCGGCGGGCCGGGAGCCCAGGGCUCCUGCUCCCUUCUCCGUGCACCCCGCCCCCACCUCGCUUCCCCUCGGCGCCUGCUCCCCUCCCCCACAUCCGCUGUCGGCGCACCCGGGACCCCGGCAGGAGCGAGCGGCUCUUCUGCGCGGCGCCCCGUGUCUGGGUUAGCCGCCCCCAGGCUGCCUACGCUCUCCUUUCUCUCCAGGGUCCCCGAUGUUUUGGAGGUUUUUCUCCAUCUCCACCCAUAGAAAACCACAGAGUUUAUCCCGGUCUCCUCCGCCCAUUCCCCACUCGCACCCCGGCCCGAGCUGCAGGCACACUUCCGUUCUCCUUGUGGGAUCGGUGAAACCCUAAGGAAGUACGUCCCCUGAACCCCCACACUCGGUGCGCGUUCCCAUGGGGAAGGCCUUUAUUAUGCUUGACAUCUUCCGGGCCUUCGUGGAGCUUGAGGAGGAGGCCGUGGAAGUUGGGGUAACGGUGCUUUUUUAGGGUAUGUGUUCGCCGGGAAGGGGGGAGAUCCUCGCCAAAGAAAUGGAAGAGGUCUCCAGCGCCCCUUUGAGGGGUGAGUCACCCAUUCCCGGCUGUCAUGCUGCUCCCAUCUAAAGACACCCGAAAGCUAGACCUGGGAAUUCUGGAGACCAACAGCGAAUCGGAAACUCAGCUCUGGUGUCUUAUCACAGCUUUUUCCCCAUCUACCCGCGCCUUUUUUUUUUUUUUUUUUGUUCAAAAUGGUGUCACUUUUAGUUAUAGCCAAAGGGCUCAGUUUGCAGUUGUUGUAAAUGACCAGUAUGUGGAGUCUGAGUUUAACUUUCUGUAAUUGCCUUCUUGGGUUCAUUGGCAAAUCGCAGUCCUCUGAUGAAUGCUGAAUGAUGCACUAUGUUUUUUUCUGAAAUGCCAUUUCCUGAAACUAAUUCCAGAAUUAAGGGGAAAUCGAUGCUGCUAUCGUGAGGCAUUGUAAAAGUACUUAUUUUGAAAACAGGCAUUUGAAACAGUACUUGAUAAAGAGAAGGAACAUGAACUUGGAUUUGGGAGAGCUGGCUUGACCAACUCUGUGACUGUGGAGAAGUGGACUCCAGGUGUUUUUUUUUUUUUUUUUUCUUGAAUUCGGAACACAGGAAGUUGGAAGGGAUCUCAGAGCGCUUUAAGAAAGAGUUUGGGAAUGUUCUCUGUUGCUGUCAUUUUCCUCCAAAAAUAACCUGGCAUGGAAGUCACUGGCCCACAGGGAACUUGACUCCCUGUGGAAACUGGAGAUGAGGUACUGCACAGCUGUGUGUCAGCUUGAGUAGUGGACCCACCGGCCAGUCCUGGAAUGUGAUUUGGAGACUCAGAGAAUGGGCUUGUGUGUCAGUUUCCUCACUUUCCCGGGGUAGAAAAAGCAGGACUUCUAGUGGUGCUGGAAUUCUGGGAUGUGUUUUGAUCCAUUCUAAUGCAGAUGAAGACACCUUGGUAAAGGGAAAAAAUGGUGGCAGAGGCAGUGGAUAGAGAGGCAAAACUGCCUGGUAAAAAGAAGAGAAAGAAGGGUUUGCGCGUUAAGGGGAAAAGGCGCCGAAAGAAGCUGAUCUUAGCCAAGAAGUUCAGUAAGGACUUGGGGUCUGGGAGGCCCGAGGCAGACAGCCCUGCCUUGCUGGCCUCCAGUGCCCCUGGGCAGGAGGAAGAAGGCCUUUUUGAGAAUGGCAUAGAGAAGCAGAUUUACCUCCCGAGUACCAGAGCCAAGACUUCCAUCGUGUGGCACUUCUUCCAUGUGGACCCCCAGUAUACCUGGCGGGCUAUUUGCAACCUUUGUGAGAAAAGUGUCAGCAGGGGUAAGCCAGGCAGCCAUCUCGGCACCUCCACUCUCCAGAGGCAUCUACAGGCGCGGCAUUCACCUCACUGGACCAGGGCCAACAAGUUUGGGGUCACUAGUGGGGAGGAGGACUUCAGCUUGGAUGUGUCUCUGUCUCCCUCUUCUCCUGGAAGCAAUGCAAGCUUUGACUAUAUUUCCACUGACCCAUUAGAUGAUAGUAGAAUGGGUGAGAAACGUGGUAAAUCGGCUUCUGAUGCCCUGAGGGCGGAGAGAGGGAGAUUUCUGAUCAAAAGUAAUCUUGUCAAGCAUGCCUUAAUUCCCGGAACGAGGGCCAAGACAUCAGCAGUGUGGAAUUUUUUUUACACGGAUCCCCAGCACAUUUCAAGAGCUGUGUGUAACAUAUGCAAAAGGAGUGUGAGCCGGGGCAGGCCAGGCUCCCACUUAGGAACGUCAACCCUUCAGAGACACCUGCAGGCCACGCAUCCCAUCCAUUGGGCUGUUGCCAACAAAGACAGUGGCGCUGCUGGAAACGGUUCGGAUGAGGCCGAGACCGAGAGCAGUGACAUCCUGAGUGAUACCGCCCACGGGGAGAAGUCCACCGGCAGCCAGGACCUAACAGCCGAAGACCUCAGCGACUCUGACGUCGAUGAGCCUCCAGUGCUGGAGGCUGAGAACAGACCCGAGAGUCCUGUUGCUGUUGUGGAAUCAGCCCCAGAGAUGCAGAUGCAGCAGAAGCAGACAACAGGUGCUGCCAACCCAGGCCCCCGGCAGAUCAGCCAGGCGGUCAUCCAGAUGAUCGUGGAGGAUCUGCACCCUUACAGCUACUUCUGCACUCCCGCCUUUCAGAGGUUCUUGCAGCUUGUGGCCCCCGACUACAGGUUGCCAUCAGAGACUUACUUUUUCACCAAGGCUGUACCUCAGUUAUAUGAUUCCGUCAGAGAAAAAAUUUUCUUGACCCUAGAGAAUGUCCAAAGCCAGAAGAUCCACUUGACUGUUGACCUGUGGACCCAAGACCCAUCCACUGACUAUUUCAUUGUGACUGUGCACUGGGUCUCUUUGGAAACUGCCUCCUCUCCCAAUGAUGGCAGGAUCCCCAAUUUUAGAAAGUGGGCAGUGCUUUGUGUUACAGGUUUAGCCAAAGACUGUUUGAUAACCAACAUUUUACAAGAAUUGAAUGACCAGAUCGGUCUGUGGCUUUCUCCUAAUUUCCUUGCCCCUGGCUUCAUUGUUUCUGACAAUUCCUCAAGUGUGGUGCAUGCAAUCAAAGAUGGUGGGUUUACCCACGUGCCAUGCUUCCUACAUUGUUUGAAUAUAGUCAUUCAGGACUUUUUCUGUGAGCACAAAAGCAUUGAGAAUAUGUUAGUGGCUGCUAGGAAAACAUGUCAUCAUUUUAGCCAUUCCAUCAAGGCCCGUCAGAUACUGCAAGAGUUCCAAAAUGAUCACCAACUUCCAUGGAAGAAUUUGAAGCAGGAUGAAGCUGGCCAUUGGAUUUCUACCUUUUACAUGCUGAAGUGGCUGUUGGAGCAUUGCUACUCCGUUCACCAUAGUCUUGGUAGAGCCAGUGGAGUUGUACUGACGUCCCUUCAGUGGACGCUAAUGACUUAUGUUUAUGAUAUUCUUAAGCCAUUUGAAGAAGCCACUCAGAAAGUGAGUGUGAAGGUGACAGGAUUGAAUCGGGUGCUGCCCUUAAUCCACCAUCUGCUUCUUUCCUUGCGGAAACUCAGAGGAGAUUUUCAAGUCAGAGGUAUCAGUCAGGCUCUCAGUCUGGUGGACAGUCUGUCUCUGAAACUUGAAACUGACACCCUGCUAAGUGCCAUGCUCAAGUCCAAGCCCUAUAUCUUGGCUACUUUGUUAGAUCCUUGCUUUAAAAACAGCUUGGAAGACUUUUUCCCUCAAGGUGCUGAUUUAGAAACUUACAAACAAAUCCUUGCAGAAGAGGUUUGUAAUUACAUGGCAUCUUCACCAGAGGUCUGCCAGGUUGCAGCUUCAGAAGGGUCUGGUCUGUUAGUUACAGCAGGAGGCCAGUCCUUUGCCUCCUCUGUAAAAGAAGGUGCUUCCAGUUCUCUUCCCAUUGGUAGCUCAGCUACAGACAAUGUUGCCAUUGGAAACAAAAGUUUCAUGUUGCCUUCCGCCAUAGCCAUAGUGGAGGAGUACUUCAAAGAGAAGUAUUCUGAGCUCUCUGUUGGGGAUGACCCUUUGAUUUAUUGGCAGGGGAAGGUGAGCGUCUGGCCAGCUUUGAGCCAAGUUGCCAUUCAGUAUCUAAGUUGUCCCAUGUGUAGUUGGCAGUCUGAAUGUAUCUUUACUACAAAUAGCCACUUUCAUCCAAAGCAGAUCAUGAGCCUGGACUUUGACAAUAUAGAACAGCUGAUGUUUCUGAAAAUGAACUUGAAAAAUGUUAACUAUGAUUAUUCUACGUUGGUUCUGAGUUGGGAUUCUCAGAAUGAAGCUGUUCAAAGCAGUGAAAAAGAAAUAUUGCCUUAAUUUUUUCCCUUUCUCCAUUUAAAAUGGCAGCUCCUUGAUGUUACCAUAUCCAUACUGUUCUAUAUAGACAUGCUAAUAACUUUAUAAAACAAAUGCGAGGAAGCCCGAGAGAAUUCCUCAGAGGCAAGAUGAUGCCGACAAAAUAAACAUUAGUUUUAAAAACUUGACAGUUGUGAUCUCUUGUAGUUGGCACUUGAAAUUUUUACAUUAAUUGGGAGAGAAAAUAUAUAUUUUUUUAAUUAAAAAAAAAUAUAGUGCAGCAUUGAAAAGUCUUAGGCUGUUUAUGGCUGGUGGAUUGAACUAGUAAUUGGUUUUAAGUAAGAAUUUCCCCAAUAUGGGAAGUUUGAUUGUUCAGAAACCAAGGAAAUGAGGAAAAAAGCCUACUAAGAUAAAAUUAUCUCCUCUCUCCCCCCACCCAUAAUUUUCUUUCUUUAAAAACCUUGAUCCUUGUAACUUGGCAAAAGUAAAAUCUACAAGAUUAUUUUAUAAUUGGGUAUUUAUAAUUGCCUCCUCAUACUGGUCAGUUUCAUGCUUUCAGAUUACUGAAUGUGAUAGUAUUACCCUUUAUGUUUAGGAUUGGAUCUGUGGAAAAGGAAAAUAGAAACCAGUUAGGAAAAAAUUAUUUUUUGUAUUUGAAUUGCCUUUUUUUUUUAAGCCUUUACCACUAUAGUAUGAAGACAGUAAAAUCUUUUAUAGGUAUUUUACAUAUGUUAUGGGUAAAUAAAAUAACAGUUUGUACAACUUAAUGGCAUUUUGAAGG